AUGGUAUCAGGGAAUCUGCAUUCUGCAGAUUCUCCAGACUACGUCGUAGACGCUCGUAGCUCAGACUACGUCGUAGACGCUCCUAGCUCAGACUACGUCUUAGACGCUCCUAGCUCAGACUACGUCGUAGAAGCUUGUAGCUCAGACUUCGGCGUAGACGCUCGUAGCUCAGACUACGGCGUAGACGCUCGUAGCUCAGACUUCGGCGUAGACGCUCGUAGCUCAGACUACGGCGUAGACGCUCGUAGCUCAGACUUCGGCGUAGACGCUCGUAGCUCAGACUACGGCGUAGACGCUCGUAGCUCAGACUUCGGCGUAGACGCUCGUAGCUCAGACUACGGCGUAGACGCUCCUAGCUCAGACUACGUCUUAGACGCUCCUAGCUCAGACUACGUCGUAGACGCUUGUAGCUCAGAUUUCGGCGUAGACGCUCGUAGCUCAGACUUCGGCGUAGACGCUCGUAGCUCAGACUACGGCGUAGACGCUCGUAGCUCAGACUUCGGCGUAGACGCUCGUAGCUCAGACUACGGCGUAGACGCUCGUAGCUCAGACUUCGGCGUAGACGCUCGUAGCUCAGAUUACGUCAUAGACGCUCGUAGCUCAGACUAG